AUUUCAUAACGCCCACAAACGGAAGAGGCCAAAAGGAAGUCCCCUGCAAAGACUAGGAUUGCUGGUCACCGUGUCUUGCCAUCGACAACAACAAGCUCAAGCUCGCUUGCUAGCUCCUCCUCGCUAGAUCUCCCGCGACAAAGUCCCAUCGCAAUGCUGCCAGCUAAGCGCAACAAGAUCGACCUCAGUACACUCACCGAGGAGGAGCAGAAGCUCUUCCGUCUUUAUGGCAAACUACCCUCACAUAAGAAUGUCCUCACGAAGAUGCAGAAGGAUCAUCGUAAAUACUUUGAUUCUGGAGACUAUGCACUGUCCAAAGCUGGCAAGGUCGCUCAAAAUACAGUGGGAACUGCCAUCCCAAGCCCAGAAAACAUUCCCCACGCAUCAUCGCCUCCUACCCAUCAAGGGAGUUUGUCCAUAUCACCAACAAAUAGCACGAGCUCAGUACGAGAGAGUUCCUUGGCACAGUCCGAGUCCGAAUCCAAAGACGAUGAAAACGAAACAGAACAGUCAAAGGACAAGGAGAAAUCAAUUUAGCCUUGGACCUCGCUCGGGCCCCUGCGCAGUCUGAAAACAUUGGCCUUUCCGCUGCUGUACUGUGUGCUGUGCGCCGUUUUCUCAGCUCGAUCGUAUGCACCUCCAUCUGGUCCGGAUUUCGAUGUAACGACUGCUUUCCGCCGUCUCUAUAGCGGUCUACACUUGCUUGUAAUACUGUUUUGAGUUGUAUGCAAUAUGUAUCGAUAUAGUGGAUUUCAUGCAAUGCGCACGUGAC